UGGCCACACCAACGGCAACGACGAGACGAGGGACUGCAGCCAACUCUCAGCAGCUAACAAGGAUGAGGAGGGCUACAGUGUGGGCAUCGGCAGUACUGGUCCUGUGCCUGGCGGGCCUCUGUGAGUCGGCCAGGAUCCUCUGCCUGAUGAGCACCGUCUCCCACAGCCACCACAUCUUCAACCGGGCCCUCACGCUCGAGCUCGCCAAACGCGGUCACCAGGUGACUGUGUUCACUCCAGACCGGGAGAAGAAACCCGUUCCCAACCUCCGGGAGAUCCUCGUAGAAGGGGCAUACGAGGCUGCACAUGAAGAUUUCGACUACGAGACCUUCGCUGAAAUGAGUGAGAUGGACAUGGUUGGCGAAAUUUUCGGCUGGGGUGUAACCACUUGCCGUCACACCUUAAAGUCGAAAGGUGCCCGACACCUGCUAGAACUGGCGAAGAAAGAAGCUUUCGACCUCGUCAUCAACGAAUACGGCCUACAGGAAUGCCUGCUGGGAUUCAUCAGCAAAUUCGGCAACCCUCCAGUGAUCGGAAUCGCAGCCUACCCCAGUCCUCCAUGGGCAAAUGAGGUGGUGGGGAACUUCCAGAACCCGUCCUAUGUGAACACUUACAUUUUGCCUUUGACCGACCACAUGACAUUCACGCAGAGGAUGCAAAACUUUCUGCUCGAUAACUAUGCGUCUCUCUACCGCCGGUUUUUGUACAUGCCGAAGCAGGAUGAGCUCAGCAGGAAGUUUUUCGGUGACUCUACGCCGCUGCCCAGCGAGGUCGAGAAGAAUGUCAGCUUCGUGAUGGUCAACACCCACUUCAGCACGGACUACCCCAAGCCGCUGGUGCCAGCCAUCAUAGAGAUCGGCGGGCUGCAAGUGAAACCUCCACAGCCGCUACCCAAGGACCUGAAGGAUUUUCUCGACUCAGCAAACGAAGGGGCUGUCUUCAUGAGCCUGGGCAGCAACAUCCGCAGCGAUAAGCUUGGCGAAGCCAGCAGGCGGGCCUUCCUGGAGGCCUUCCGGGAGCUGCCCCAGAAGGUGCUCUGGAAAUGGGAGUCAGACUCUCUGCCUGGUCAGCCGUCCAACGUCAAGAUCAUCAAGUGGGCUCCUCAAAACGACAUUUUGGCGCACCCCAAUGUGAAGGUGUUCAUAAGCCAUGGGGGGAUGCUGAGUACCAUGGAGGCGGUGUACCAUGGCGUCCCCGUAGUUGGUGUCCCAUUCAUGGCGGACCAGUACCCAAACUUGCGCAGAAACGUGGCCAGGGGUACAGCUGUCGAACUGGACACACUGAAGUUGACCAAGGAGUCUGUCUUGGAGGCGCUCAACAAAGUUCUCAACGACCCCAGCUACGAGCAGCGCAUGAAGCGGCUGUCGGCCAUCUACCGCGACAGGCCGCAGACAGCCCUGGAGACGGCCGUCUGGUGGACGGAGUACGCCCUGAGGCACCAGGGGGCGCCCCACCUGCGCUGCGCCUCGCUAGACCUCCACUGGUUCCAGCGCUGGCUGCUCGACGUCAUCGCCUUCCUCCUGCUGGCCGCCGCUGCCGCGUCCUCAGCUCUGUACCUCCUCACCAGGAAGGUCCUCUCGGCGCUGUUCCAGGAGGGCGGCAAGCUCAAGAAGUCGUGAAACAGCAGUCCAGCUAUGGCAGCUGGCGACCCUGACAGGACAGCACAAACCUUCCCAGUCAUCACUCAACACUUCCGGGCUGAGAUGCCGUGGUCUAUACAUAAAACUCUCCCCUGACAUUUCGCCUUCUACGGUGCAACACAUCCUCCGAGGACAAUGGGAGAACUGCAAUGAGAGCUCGAGUGAGCGCCGUAUAUAUAAGCCAUCCAGAGGGCGCCGCUGUCAAUCACGUGACGUCGGCUGUGCUAUGACCUCUGAUAUUGCCAACUUUCUCAAUUGAAAUUAAUCGAUUGUCACGCUGUUGCUGCAAUGCUCACAUCAAUAUCUGAUCCAGCUUAAUGCCUUCAUCUUUCCUAUUGAAAUUAUUGCUGUGUUUGGCAAUCUCAAUGGCCUCUCUGUACAUUCACGCAUAAUAAUGCGACGUCUUCGCUAUGACGGUCGUCACUAAACUUUAUUUCAUGAUCACCUUCCUGAAACACAUGUUCCGCUACAGCCGAUUUAUCAAUAUGUCCGAGGCAGCAGUUCCUUUUAUGUUCACCCGAACGGGUAUUGACGUUUCUUUUUGUUAUGCCCAUAUAAUCCUUUCCACAACUGCACGGAAUUUUAUACACACCUGGUGUAGCUAGAGGAUGUCGUUUAUCUUUUGUGGAUCUUAACGGGGGUAGGACGUCACACGGGCCGACUUGGAGCAGGAGAGGCAUCACAGGACAUUUUAAUUUCCAGUGUCUACACUUUUACAAAUAAAGUCAUAAAACUUUGUCAGUAACACCAGGAAAAAUUCGGGAUUCACACUGAUAGCAGAGGAAGUUCGAAAACAUGACAAAAGAACUUUUUUUCGUGUGAAAUUUCAUUAUUUUUUAUCUUACUAAUGGCUGCAUUUGUUGCUAUAGGUACACCUUUCUUCGUAAGUAAGAGAAAUGGUUCGAUAAAUUUUUCACAGCAUAUAUACCAUACUUACAGGUGUAUGAAACUCUAGAAUUCAUUUAAUUUAUGAAAAGACGAAUGAUCUGUUGUGUUUUAAACUUCAUGUUUACAAAAAACACCAAUUUUGUAGUUAAUUAUCUCAAUUUUUACCACAGCUUUUAAUAGAUACACCUUUAAGUUUGGUUGGUAUGCUGUCAAAAAUUCAUCGAACCAUCUCUCUUACUUAUGAAGAAAAGUGUACCUACAGCAAAAAAUGCUGCCUUCAGUAAGUGAAAAAAUGAUGAAAUUUUACAUGUAAAAAAAUUACGUCGUUGUGUUUUCGAACUUCCUCUGCUAUGAGUGUGAAUUCUGAAUCCUUCCUGGUCAUGCUGACAAAGUUUUAUGAAUUUAUUUGUAAAAGUAUAGACAGUGGAAAUUAAAAUGUCCUGUGGUGCUUCUGCUGCUCCAAGUCGGCCCGUUUGACGUACUACCCCCCUUAAACAUUCUUUUAUUUUCGUGGUGAGUCUGAAAACAGUUUCCACGUCGUACUUGCUUAACAUUUUUCCAAUUCGGUCAGUGACCUUACUGAUGAAUGGUAAGAACACUUUCGCCUUGGGUUGGUGACGAUUCUCUUCCGUCCUGGCUGUCAGUCUAGGGUUUAGUGCCCUCUCUGUGCCCUUCUUCUUGAAGGUCGCUCUAAGGUGUUCAAUCUCAUCAUCUAAGUGAGCUGUUUCACAUAUUUUGUGCACCCUGUCUAGUAAUGUUUUAAUCACCCCUCUUUUAUGUCUUGGGUGGUGGUCAGAUUCUUUCUGCAGAUAACGAUCAGUGUGUGUAUGUGCCUUUUCUGAAAACCUUAUGACCCAAUGAUCCAUCGUCUUGUUUGAUUACAGUCACAUCUAAGAAGUUCAGGUGAUCAUCGAUUUCCUUUUCCAUAGUGAAUUGAAUUCUUGGAUAUAACAGGAAGGCAUCCAGUUCCUCUUACCGAUGGGUCCAUGUAACAAGUUUUAUGUAUGCACCACGGCAUCUCACCCCGGAAGUGUUAAGUGAUGACAACACCUGCCGUGAAAGCCUUCACUCUAUAAUCAAUCCUUCCCAGUGUUAUUUAGUUUACAUUGUCAUUCAAUUCUUGUCAGAAUGCUUGACAUUGUGUAUCAUUGUUAUCAUAGCCGAGUUGCAAAAGGAAAUCGUGUUUAGUUUCUCUCUCUCUCUCUCUCUCUCUCUCUCUCUCUCUCUCUCUCUCUCUCUCUUUUGUCAUCAGUCUUGGGACUGGUUUGAUUCACCUUGUGACCAAUUCCUCAUCUCAGAGCAGCAAUCUACAUCCUCUAUUAUUUGCUGGAUGUAUUCCAAUCUCUGUCUUCCUCUACAGUUUUUGCCCUCUAAACCUCCCUCUAAUACCAUGGAAGUCAUUCCAUGAUGUCUUAACAGAUGUCCUAUCAUCCUGUCCCUUCUCCUUAUCAGUGUUUUCCACAUAUUCCUUUCCCCUCCGAUUUUGUACAGAACCUCCUCAUUCCUUCACUUAUAACUCCACCAAAUUUUCGACAUUCGUCUGUAGCACCACAUCACAGAUGCUUCGAUUCUCUCUGUUGUAAGUGCGACCGGGACGGUUGUAGGGUUGAAAUGACAGAAAGCGCGGCGGGACCCGCGGAGAAGCCCGCAAACAACAACACAACAGGAGAGGACGGACACGGCCAAGGAAGGACAGAACGAACAACUACAAGACCAAACAACGGAGUCACAAGGAAACCUAACACGUUCAC